AUGCCUCCCGCGGCCUUUGAAGACCAGGAGUUGGCUGAGACCCCCGUUCCUCAGACCAAGUCCAACACCACUCAAUCUUCCUCCAACUUUGCUGUUGGAGGCUCUGGCGCUGAGCUUGCCAUUCCCGGCGAUGUUCACGAAGAUGGUACCGCCAACACUGUCGAGGUUCCAGCAACCCGCAGCGCCAUGGCCGACACUACCAACUACAUGCACAACCUUUCCCUCUCGCCUUCGAUGAAGGAGAGGAGAGGAUCCCGCAACUCUUUCGGUACCUCGCUGCCCAUUCCCCGUUCCAAGAGGCAGUCAAGGCUGUCCUCUGUCCACUACCCCGAUGGCCCAGGCGCUGCCAAGCGCCCUGGAAUGCCCUCCAUCCAGCCAUCCCGCGACAUCAUCGCCGCCCAGCUCCAGGACCUGGCUGGUGAGAAGGUUCGUGCCGCCAAGGACAUGGCCUUUGUCUUUGACAUUGACGGUGUCCUUGUCCACGGUGACCGUCUCAUCCCCGAGGGUCAGCGUGUCCUCGAAAUCUUGAACGGAGACAACGAGCUCGGCAUCAAGAUCCCCCACAUCUUCCUUACCAACGGCUCUGGUAAGCCUGAGCAGGCCCGUGUCGAACAACUGUCCAAGAUCCUCCACAACCCCAUCUCCACCGAGCAGUUCAUCCAGUCGCACACCCCCAUGUGUGCCCUGGCUGAGUACUACAAGACGGUUCUCGUUGUUGGUGGUGAGGGCUACAAGUGCCGUGAGGUCGCUGAGCAGUACGGUUUCCAGGACAUUGUUGUCCCCAACGACAUUGUUGCCUGGGACCCUACCAUUGCUCCCUACCGUGUCUUCACCGAGGAGGAGCGCAAGACCUCCCGCCCUCGCGACUUCAGCAAGACCAACAUCGAAGCCAUCAUGGUCUUCUCCGACAGCCGUGACUACGCUACCGACAUCCAAAUCAUCAUGGACCUUCUCCAGUCCGAGAACGGCCGUUUCGGAACCAGGGCCAAGGACCCCGUCUCCCAGCGCAUCCCCAUCUACUUCUCCCAGGGUGACAUGCUCUGCCCCACCGAGCACCCCUUCCCCCGCAUGUCCCAGGGUGCCUUCCGUAUCGGCCUUGAGGCCAUGUACAAGUCGCUCACUGGCGUGGAGCUCGAGCGUGUUGUCUACGGUAAGCCUGAAUUGGCUACCUACAAGUACGCCGACGAGGUCAUUGCCAGCUGGAUGGAGACGAUCCACAACGAGGAGAAGCUGCCUGCUCACAUCUACAUGAUUGGUGACAACCCAGCCUCCGACAUCAUUGGUGGUAACAUGUACGGCUGGAACACGUGCUUGGUCCGCACUGGUGUCUUCCAGGGUGGCGACAACGACGAGAACAACCCAGCCUCUUUUGGUGUCUUUAAGAAUGUCCUCGACGCUGUUCAGACUGCCAUGAAGAAGGAGCUUGGCGACGAGUUCCAGUUCAAGUUUGACGAGAAGAUCAACCCUGUCAUGCAGGAGGGUGGUGUCUCUGCCAUUGCUUAG